AUGUCAAUUGAGGGAACCGAAGAAACGAAGGGCUCCCAUGAACACGACCUGUUUCGAAAAUGGCUGAGCAGCCUAAGCAAGCAAGAGCUCUUACAUGCCAUGCAGAUUGAGUUUGAAACGUCUUCUGACGGUUGUCACGAAUACGAUUUGUUGAAGGAAAUGAUUGCUUUACAAGUCCCGCUCGAAACCCCCGUACAUCCAAAAGCGUUGGGAUACAAGCCCUACACACAGCUUGGUCCAACUUUGGACUACGAACAUGGCAAAGAAAGAUCAAUCUGGAAAAAGCCCCGCAUGUUUCAGUGGAUACCGAUACCGCAGAAUAACAGCAUCAAGCGAAAAGGGCGGCCGCAACAAAGAUUCGACGUUAUUGCACGUAGCAAAGUAUCACCUUCGGGAGAGUCAUGGAGUCUCGGGACAACGAGAGAGCAGAGAGAACAAGACAAAAGCUUAUUACAAGGGACAUAUUUUGACUACUCGACUCCAACACCUCGCUUGAUAUUCAAGGCCGAUCGACUAUCAGCUCAAGCUGAUAUAAUCCGUACUCUUCACGUCUCGUCAAGAGGCCAUCUUUUUCGACCUCAAAAUCGUUCGUCGAUACCUUUCUGUUCGAGUUGGUUGCAGCCAACAAUCAGAUGGUUUUCACUCAGCUUGUACCUGGCUUCUAGAUUCCAAGUUGCGCUUUGGGUCAAGUUUCGAAAAAAUGGGAAGGCCAACCACGAAAAAGCCCAAUUCGAAUCAGCUAUCCUGGAGACUGCCAUAACACGUGCGAUGCAUUCAGGAAUAAAAGAAGCUCUUCAAAACGAUAUUGCAAAAUCGUUGGACUUUUUGCGGGACUCUAUUUCGUGGUGUUCCAUGAAUACAAGUGGCCUAGCUUUCCGUGGUGGUGAUUGGAAUUCGGUCCACAGUGCCCUGGUGCACAUUCCAUUGCUGGAAAUUGCAAAACCGAAGCAAAAGCUGUAUGCUCUUGUUCGGACGAGCUUUGAGCUUGAGUUGUCAGUGGAAUUGGAGAAGGCACUCCUUGACGAACCACUUGAGCGGCAUGCCCACUCCGCACGAAAGAGCAAAAGGUUAAAACCCAACAACAAGAAACGCAAGGGGCGUAGGAAGAAAACUGAUCAAAAGAAGACUCCGGUGCAAAUAAUCGACAGUGAGCACGUCGACAUGGUAUCCAUUGAUGAACCGGUUUCAAAGAUCUUGAGCUUCCCCGACAAUCAAACUUCCCCCCGACUAAGGAGUCGCAACAUUAUCAUGAUCCUCUCACUUCUAGACGAUUUUGUAGAGGAGGCCUUUCUUAAGGUUGGCUUGGAACCCUCAGUGCCUUUCGACCUCUGCGGUGGAGGGCAGAAGAAUGAAUCGACCAAAUCGAAGCAGCCAUACUUCCGCUCUCGUGGUGAUUAUAGUAAAGGGGGUCGAAGUGAAGAACCAUCCCCAAGCCCCGCCGCAACACCUCCAAGCGAAAUGAUAUCAUUCGAGUCCAAGCUGGCAACAGAACGCAUGCAAUCUCCCUUGUCGUUCCAGUGGCCAUCUACGAACGAAUAUUACCCCUUUCAAGAUAACAGCUCCGCUGCCAUUCAACCUACAUUUUCGCAGACUUUACUUUCGUCUGGCUUGUAUCAAUCAGAUGCUUUGGAAGUAUUUUCUUUCGGACAGACAGGUCAAAGCAACCCAAUCAAUGGGUGGCCUUUUGUAAACCCCUACCAGGGCCGCGAACGCAGCAUUCUUACAGACUUCUUUUUGUCUCAAGAGGAUAGGUCGGAUGAUGAGCUCUCCGUUCCGGCAUCAACGGCAGCUUCCAUAUCUUCUUCAACUUGUAAAGAUUUCACGGCUGUUGCUGAUCCAGAGGCUGAGGAGUCUGGUGCAGCGUCUGAGAUGGUGAUUUUAACGGACGAUACUAGUAUUCAGCGAACCUUGGAUGCGAAUGAUUUUGACAGUAAGAAUCAUCAUGAUGCUACAAAGAAGGAACGAAAAGCCGACACGGACCCUGAACCAGAAGUCGUCCUUCACAAGAGUAUUACCAGUGCAAAUGUGAGAGAGGUUGAGAAGGCAGAUCGCGACGACGAGACCUCUGCUUCCUCGAAUUGUCGUUCACCUUCACCGCAAGCGCCGAUUACUCCACCCCCAACUCUCUCCCCAAUCCUGGUAUCGCUGGCAGAUUUGCAGCACUUGAAACAUUUGGCACUUACACCUGAGCGCAUUUCAUCUGCCACAGCUAGGAAGAAAACAUCCCGCACAUUCUCUGACACGCCAAUGCCUGGGAGCCUUCCAUCGUCCCCAGUUCUCUCUGAAAUGGAUGGCUUGAAACAAAGCCGAUCCAGGGAGGACUUGCGCAUUGCAAACUUUCGAGAUGACCAUAGAAUACGUCUAAAGAAAGGGAUUCAACAACGCCAUCAUCGAUUGGCAGACUUGCAACAAAGUUACAAAGCUGUUGCUGUCAAAUCCCUCGCAAAGCCGAUUGCAUCAUCGAAAAGUAGAAAUUUUGAUUUUCGAACGCAUCUAAUUGAAUCUACGGGAAAGAAAGAGCUACAACGAGAAUCUUGUGCACACAGCGAAACCGCAAUGGAUGGGCGAAGCGAAGAUCUCCAAUGGCAACACGACUCUAGAAAGCAUCUGCUUGACGAGAUAGAGAGCAAAGUAGUGAUGAAAGAUGAAACGACAACAAUUACUUCGGCACUGUCCCAGAGAGAAGUCGAGGACCUGAGAUCCAUUCGAGAAGAGCGGAAUGCAUUCCGUGAUAUGUGUUUGACUCUCGGUGCGGAGGUCGCAAAACUGAAGGCAAUGCUGGCAACUCAGACGGCAACUCCUGCUGUUCCUUACCACGAAAGCUUUAGCCAGCCUAUGUAUAAUCCGGGGUCCUUUGAUCCUCACUCGAUGCCACCUUUUUUCCAUGGAAUGAAACGAGGGCAACGGAAUGGAGCAAUGAGUGAUGCUGGAAUCCACAGAGUUGGAGAUCACGAGUCCCAAGUUAGUGAAGAUGACGGGUUCGAUGCAAUUUCGCGUUCUCGGGUGGAUGCAACAAAGCAGAUUUCCUCCACCGCUACAGUUGCUGAAUCUGAAACAUCUAUUGAAAUCACAGCCAGUGUUGUUCAAGGUGGGCUGGCUGGAAGGAUACCUGAAUUCGAGGCAUCACCUGUCCAUGGAUUGCAAUCGAGGCUGACCAAGGAUAUCAUGAGAUUUCUCAACGUAACUCAAACGCAGCUGCAGAAGCAAGGGAACAAGAGAAGAGUGGCAGUCGAGCGUUUUUCUCGCUUAGUUGACACCCUCUGGCCUAGAGCUCAGGUGAAACUCUACGGCAGCCAUGUGUCUGGUGUUUGCCUGCCGUCUAGCGACCUUGAUUUUGUUGUUUGUCUUCCUGCAGUUCACAAGAACGCUCCAGCUCUUGCUCCUGGCGUACUGGAAGGUAGAAAUGCGAUUAAUGAAAGUUGCCAGAAACUUCUUGCACGCGAAUUGAAGGGAGAAUCAUGGAUCGAUCCCCGUUCGAUCAAACUAAUUGAGAGGACUGUGGUUCCGGUCAUCAAGGUCUCUACGAAAGAUACGAGGGCUCGUGUCCUGCAACUUGAUAUUAGUUUCGACAGUCCCGAACAUCAUGGGUUAGCCGCGGUUGAAAUGGUCAGCCAAAUCCUUGAAGAACUCCCAUUGAUCAGACCAUUGGUAUUGGUGCUGAAACAGUUUCUGCUUGAUAGAGGUCUCUUGACAGCUUACACAGGUGGAUUAUCUUCAUAUUGCUUGUUCUUGAUGGUGGCUAGAUACCUUCAGGAGCAACCGUCGUCGUAUGGAGAUUGCGGUUCUCUGCUUAUGGGCUUCCUAGACUUUUACGGAAACUUUUUUGAUCCUCGAGCGACAGGAAUAAGCGUACGGCGGCGACAGUAUUUUGUUCGACCAAACUACUCAGCUGUAAGCUAUUUUGAAGUCGGUGAUGGGAUGUGGCCUCCACCAUCCCCAACUCAUCAAACGCACGCAGCUUCGGGUUCCCCUGCCAAGGCACCACGCGAUUUUUUGCGCCGCAAUAGUUUCAGUGACGCAGGGAGUGUGGACGAUAUCCGACGUCCUGCCAGGCCCCUUCGUUUGGGUACAGGUCACAGAUACGUCAGCCACAACAUUGCUCACACCGAAAAGUUGAAUAAACACUAUGAGCAUGGCAGACCCUUCACCUUUGAUCCCUUAUUUGUCGAAGACCCACUUUCGUCACGAAAUAAUGUUGGAAGAAAUGCAUUUCGGAUCUUUCAGGUGCAACGCGCUUUUUCAGAUGCCCAUCGUGCGCUUGUUGCCUCCCUCGAAUGGGACAUCAACUUGUCCGAGGAGCUCAACGAUGAUGUGGACUAUCCUUUGCUAAAAUGUCUCCUUCACAGCGAAGAUGUGCUCUAUGAACUCUAG